CCUAUCGUGACGUUGCUGCAAGUGCGGAAGUAAAUUAGCUGACAUACCCACAUGGUGGAAAUGGCUGCUGAUGGGGAAAAACAACAGGGCCACAGACCCGGCAUAUACAAACAAAAAAAUAAAGGACACAAACAUGGCAAGCACCGGACGAAAGGAGAAAUUGAAAGGGAAAACAAAGGCAGAGUGUCGGUGACAGUCCUUACCAAAAAACAGAGGAAGGAGCAAAAGAAGAUGGACAGAAGGCACAAAGCCAACCAGCUGCGCAAGAAUAAGAAAGACAUGGUCCUGACAGAAAAGCGACGUCUUGGCAGCAGGGAUGGUCCUCCUCAUUUGGUUGUUGUGGUGUCCCUACAUGCUCAAGCCGAUGCUGGAGCCAUCACUAAGCUGCUUCGUGGAGAAGGCGCUGGGGGCGUUGUACACCACGACCGGUGCAUCAGUGGUGUCAGUGACAGUUUUGGGCUGAUUCUGCCUCGUUUUAAACAGAGGUUCACCUUUCUAAGUCAGAGUACAGCUGACAUGCACUCCCUACUGGAUGUGACAAAGAUUGCAGAUAGCCUUGUAUUUGUGUUGGAUUCUACUGAAGGCUGGGACACCUAUGGAGACUAUUGUCUCUCUUGCGUCUUUGCUCAGGGUCUCCCCAGCUAUGCACUGGUGUGUCAGGGUGUGUCUGAGCUCCCUGUGAAGAAGAGGGUUGAGUCCAGAAGAGCUUUGUCAAAGAUCACAGAGGCCCGUUUUCCUGAUGCUCGUCUCUUCCCGCUGGACUCCGAACAAGAUGCCACACUACUUCUCAGACACCUGGGGACUCAGAGACAGAGAAAGUUGGGUUUCCGCUCCAAACGGUCACAUCUCAUUGCUCAACAUGUCACUUUUACACCCAACAACCCUGUUGAUAGUACAAGUGGAGCCACUGGCCUGGGCACACUCUGUGUGUCCGGGUAUGUCCGUGGCCGCCCUCUGCGGGUUGACAGACUGGUACACAUCAGUGGUCAUGGUGAUUUUCAGCUCAGCCAGAUUGAUGCCCCAGUAGACCCUCUUCCUCUGAACUUAACAGUGUCCAGACCACUGAAGCCGAGCAAAGGAGGAGAUGUUGACAUGCAGGAAAAUGAGGCCCCUGUGAGGGUGCUCAUGAAAGCGGACCCAUCCAACAGGGAGAGUCUGCAGGCAGAGGCUGAGGUGGAUCCCAUGGACGGGGAGCAGACAUGGCCAACAGAAUCAGAACUGCUGGAAGCUGAAGAAGCCAGGAAGAAAAAACGUGUAAUGAAGGUCCCUAAAGGAACAUCAGACUAUCAGGCCACGUGGAUUGUUGAUGAAGGUGAGGAGGAGAAUGGCGACAUGGAUGAAGAAAGUAGUGACAACGAUGAUGAUGAUGACAUGAUGGAUGAAGCCAUGGAUAAAGAGGAUGGGGAGAUUGACUCUCAGGACCCAGGUUCAUGCUGUGAUUCAGAAGAGGAGGAGGAGGAAGAGGUGUGCUCCACAGAGCGAGCGGGUGCAGAUCAGCGCUAUGAUGAACAUAUGGAUGAAGCUGCCGAAGAAGAAGGCCUAAAACGCUACCGUGACGCUCGAGCCAAUGAAAUGUUCCCCGAUGAGGUGGACACGCCCCUCGACACUCCAGCUAGAAUCAGGUUCCAGCGUUACAGGGGGUUAAAAAGUUUCCGCUCGUCACCUUGGGACCCCAUGGAAAACUUGCCCCUCGACUAUUCGCGUAUAUUCCAGUUCCAGAGCUUUGAACGCACUCGCCGCCGCAUAUUGGCUGAGGCUGCAGCUGAGGAGGAUGGAGCCAUGGAUGGCUGGUAUGUGACCCUGCACAUCAUUGAUGUGCCUUUUUCUGUGAUGGAGAGUGUCCAGUCAGGCAAACCUCUGGUUCUCGUGUCUCUCUUGCCCCAUGAACAGAAGAUGUCAGUCAUGCAUGUUUUGGUGCAGAGACACCCCAGUAACACAGAACCGAUCAAAUCUAAAGAGGAGCUUGUGUUCCAUUGUGGAUUUCGGAGAUUCCGAGCCUCUCCCAUCUUCUCUCAACACACAUCAGCUGACAAGCAUAAGAUGGAGCGCUUCCUCAGACCAGAUGCCCCCAUUGUAGUGUCACUGUAUGCCCCCAUCACCUUCCCCCCUUCAGGAGUCCUGCUUUUUAAGCAAAGGAAUGAUGGCAUCCAGGACCUUGUGGCUACAGGCAGUCUGCUCAGUUGUGACCCUCAGCGUGUUGUGCUGAAGAGGAUUGUUCUGAGUGGACACCCAUUCAAAAUUAACAGGCGCUCUGCUGUUGUUCGUUACAUGUUCUUUAACAGGGAUGAUAUCAUGUGGUUCAAGCCAGUGGAGCUGCGAACAAAAUGGGGUCGGAGAGGUCACAUCAAAGAGGCCUUAGGAACACACGGUCACAUGAAAUGCGUGUUUGACAAUCAGCUACGCUCUCAAGACACUGUGCUGAUGAAUUUGUACAAGAGAGUGUAUCCUCGGUGGACGUAUGACCCCUAUGUGCCCGCGCCUUUAACUUGGGUGAAGAGAGAAGGCACUGUGGAAAUGGAAGACUUGGAUAUGGAAUAGUGGAGGGACAGAAUGACAAGCCAUGUAAUAACAGAAACAUCCAAGUGGUUUCAGGACACUUUAAAAGAGUGGAAUGCGUAUUAAAUAAAUCUAUUUUGAUCCAAAGUUAAGCUUUCUUGUUACAUUUUGCAUCCAAGCCUCAAACAUGCUGCAGAGUUUGUUUUGACCACUAGAUGGCAGGAAUGGAUAAGUAUUAAUAAAGCUUCCUACGUGUUUGUAGAGCA